CGCGCCUCUACAUUUCUUCUCUCUCUGCUCCUCCGCCUCCGCCUGAUCCAUCCAAGACAGGGAUCGCCAUGUCGGACUCGGAGGAGCACCACUUCGAAUCGAAGGCCGACGCUGGGGCGUCCAAGACCUACCCGCAGCAGGCUGGCACCGUCCGUAAGAACGGCUUCAUCGUCAUCAAGAACCGUCCCUGCAAGGUUGUGGAGGUUUCUACCUCCAAGACUGGUAAGCAUGGCCACGCCAAAUGCCACUUUGUCGCCAUAGACAUAUUCAAUGGGAAAAAGCUUGAAGAUAUUGUUCCUUCAUCACACAACUGUGACAUUCCGCAUGUGAACCGUACUGAGUAUCAGCUGAUUGAUAUUUCUGAGGAUGGAUUUGUGAGCCUUCUUACUUCAGAUGGCAACACUAAGGAUGAUCUUAGACUCCCAACUGAUGAGACUCUUGUGGCCCAGAUUAAGGAAGGGUUCGAAAGCGGGAAGGAUCUUGUUGUGACUGUCCAGUCUGCGAUGGGGGAGGAGCAGAUCUGCGCGCUGAAGGAUGUUGGCCCCAAGUAACUUCCUUGGCUUUGGAGACGGAACCCUACUCUAUCUCAACUUAAAUCGGAAAAGAAGUGUAUCACCAAAGGAUUGCUACCGAGACAUUCACCUGGCUUGAGCUGGCUUUUGCUAUAGCGUGCAAGGGGUUGCUGGGUGUCGUACCUACCUGACUUAUCAUUAUCUGUGGUUACAUUCUGGACCCUGUAUUUUCUAUGCUUUCAUGUCUCUCUACUUUCUAGUAUUAAUUAUCAAUAAGUUGGUUUGGAAUGGUUGAAUUGCAUCCAA